CACCCCUCGCCGCCCGCCCCCUCGCCUGACUCAUCCGCCCGCGGUGGCCGCGCGCGCCCGCUGCCCGAGCCCCCGCCGGGAUGGGGAAGGAGACCGAGGCUGCCGGCGGCUGCGGAGCUUCCUGCUGAUGACCCCGACCCUGCCGCCGCCUCCUCCGCUCGUCUCGGGAGGCGCCAGACGUCCCGACAGCUCCCGGAGUGAGAGCCCGGAGAGGCGGCUGGACCUCUGAGUCCCCGCGCUCAGGACAGAAUAAAAGACGGAGCUAUGAUAGCCACUGGUGGAGUGAUAACCGGCCUGGCCGCCUUGAAAAGGCAAGACUCUGCCAGAUCACAGCAUCAUGUCAGCCUCAGCCCAUCGCCUGCUGCCCAGGAGAAGAAACCAGUCAGGCGUCGGCCAAGGGCUGAUGUCGUGGUUGUUCGAGGCAAAAUCCGGCUUUAUUCCCCCUCUGGUUUUUUCCUCAUUUUAGGAGUGCUUAUCUCCAUUGUUGGAAUUGCAAUGGCAGUCCUUGGGUAUUGGCCCCAAAAAGAACAUUUCAUCGACGCUGAGACAACAUUGUCCACAAACGCAACUCAGGUCAUUCGGAACCAAAGUGGCGUGGUGGUUCGCUUCUUUGAGCAGCAUUUACAUUCUGAUAAGAUGAAAAUGCUUGGCCCUUUCACAAUGGGGAUUGGCAUUUUCAUUUUCAUUUGUGCUAAUGCCAUUCUUCAUGAGAACCGUGACAAAGAAACCAAAAUCAUACACAUGAGGGACAUCUAUUCCACAGUCAUCGACAUCCACACGCUAAGAAUCAAGGAGCAAAAGCAUAUGAAUGGCAUCUACACGGGUCUGAUAGGAGAAACUGAAGUAAAACAGAAUGGGAGCUCCUGUGCCUCGAGACUGGCAGCGAAUACCAUUUCCUCUUUCUCGGGUUUUAGGAGCAGUUUUCGGAUGGACAGCUCUGUCGAAGAGGAUGAGCUUGUGCUAAAUGAAAAUAAGAGUUUGGGGCAUCUUAUGCCACCUUUGCUCUCUGACAGCUCUGUCUCUGUCUUUGGCCUGUAUCCAUCUCCUUCCAAGACAACUGAUGAUAAGACCGGUGGCUCUAAGAAAUGUGAAACCAAGUCAAUUGUGUCGUCAUCCAUCAGUGCUUUUACAUUGCCUGUGAUCAAACUUAAUAACUGUGUUAUUGAUGAGCCCAGUAUAGAUAACAUCACCGAGGAUGCUGAGAACCUCAAAAGUAGGUCGAGGAAUUUGUCUAUGGAUUCCCUUGUGGUCCCUUUGCCUAACACCAAUGAGUCCUUCCAGCCAGUCAGCAUGAUGCUCCCUCGGAAUAAUUCCAUUGGGGAGUCAUUGUCUAGUCAGUACAAGUCCUCUGUGGCCCUUGGACCUGGGGCUGGGCAGCUCUUGUCUCCUGGGGCUGCUAGAAGACAGUUUGGGUCCAACACAUCCUUGCAUGUGCUCUCAUCACAUUCAAAAUCCCUAGACUUAGACCGAGGUCGCUCCACCCUAACUGUUCAGGCAGAACAACGGAAACAUCCAAGUUGGCCUCGGUUGGAUCGAAGCAACAGCAAAGGAUAUAUGAAACUGGAGAACAAAGAGGACCCGAUGGAGAGGUUGCUUGUGCCCCCAACUGCAAUCAAAAAAGACUUUACCAAUAAGGAGAAGCUUCUUAUGAUCUCAAGAUCUCACAAUAAUUUGAGUUUUGAACAUGAUGAGUUUUUGAGUAACAACCUAAAGCGGGGAACUUCUGAAACAAGGUUUUAAUGUUAAAAAAAUAUAUAAUUUUACAAGGCUGUAUAUUUUAAAACUAUUUUCAUCAGUGUUUCCUUGUUAAAGCAUUGGUUAUAAGCAUUUUUAAUCAAAUGGUUUGUAGUGUGUCUGACCUGGCUGCUUAAUUCUGUAAUGGAGAUAGUUACAUGUUUGGGUUACUAAGAUUGCAGUACUCUAUAUUAUCAUAUAUGAUUUUAUUUUUUCCAUUCCUUUGAAAGCAUGAUCUGAAUUAAAGUUUAUUUUCUUUA